AUGGCCGAUUCCAACCUCCUUUCCCGAACCCUUCCGGGGGAAAUCCCAGCUUCGCUUCAGGUCUACAACUCGUAUGCCGUGGACCCAGCAUGGCAGAUCAAGUUUACCAUCAUCUGGACCUCCGUUCUGGCGUUUACCACCGUCGCGUCCAUCCCAUGGGUGAUUCACGCGUUGAGGACACGCAGGCUGUACGCAGGACUGGCAAUCACGGAGUCUAUGAACACACCCGAACUUCGCUUGACGGGUGAACGAACUCGCUCGAACCGGGUGGCCCGACCUUCCUUCCUGGCGCGUCCAUUGUGCGCAGCACAAGCAGUGUGGCAGAGCGUCACGCUGUUUGCCAUUCCAAUGCCCAACGUCCGCCUGUGGAAGAGUCAGGUGGCCGACUGCUGCAGGCGGUCGUACUUUAGUCUGGGAGUUGGCCAGAUUGUGCUCGUCGCCGCCUACAUGGCCGCAGUGAUUGCUUGCUUCACUGUCGGGGCCCCAUUGACUCAGAACAGUAACCGUCCUGGGUUUAUUGCCCUGGCCCAGCUGCCAGUCGUCAUCCUUCUUUCCCUCAAGAGCCCCCUCCCUCUCCCCGUCUUCCUCCCCAGCCUCUCGUAUGAGCACUACAAUUUCCUUCAUCGCUGGGCGGGACGCACCACAUGGCUCGCAGCGACGGUGCACGGUGCCAUGUGGUUGCACCAGUUCAUCACCACCAACCAGAUGUCGCAGAUUCAAACCGACAAGACGAAGCGCGGCCUCGUCUCGUACGCCAUGCUCUGCAUGUUGGUCAUUACCAGUCUCAAGCCCGUCCGCAGGCUGUGCUACCAGCUCUUCUGGUGUGCUCACGUAAUGUUCUUUGUCGGCUUCUUUGCCGCCAUCUCGUACCACACUCCGUACAGCCGCCCCUGGAUCUUCCCCUGCGUUGCCAUUUACGCUUACGACCACUUUGUCCGCCUCCUGCGCUAUCGCGUCAAGGAUGCGACCAUUGUUCCUGUCGACUCGACAAUGACCAUGAUCCACAUUCCAGACUGUGACGGCGGUUGGCUUCCGACCCAGCAUGUCAACGUGCGUGUCCUCAAGGGCGCUGGUAUCUUUGAGGCACACCCUUUUACCAUUACCAACGCGCCGGCGUCAGGCCUGACGGGCUCGCCUCGUGGCAUUGUGCUGUACGCCAAGGUCGCUGGUGACUGGACUCGCCGGCUGCACAAGAUGGCCAGCGACCAUUCUUUGGAGACUGGUGACGACUAUGAGGAGCGUGAAGCGUUCAUCAAGGCAGAGACGGAGGGAAAAGAGCCCCAUGGCGCUGACCACCCUGGUCGGCACGUAACAGUCAUGAUCGACGGACCGUACGGCGGUCUCAAGAUGGACCUUGGAGAGUACGAGAGCGUCCUCGUUGUGGCUGGCGGCUCGGGCGUGACGUUCCUUCUCGGCACUAUCGAGGAGGCUCUCAGUCGUCGCGAAAAGGGACAUGGCCCACGCAUCAUUGACGUCGCCUGGGUGGUUCGUGAUCUCUCGACCAUUGAGGCCCUUGCACCGACACUGUCACAUCUCUUUGCCAUUGCAUCGCGUCUCGAGGUUGAGCUCAAGUACAACCUGUAUCUUACGGACCCUCCCUUCCCUCUCCCCACGUGUCCGGCCGUGCUGCCAGACACCACCACAAUGUCGCCAUACCGCCCUGAAAUUGCCCAACUUGUCCGCCAGGCGCUUCCUGCCUGUGUGCACGUCAGCGAGGAGGAGACGGACACUGGCCCUGCGGAGACCCACGGUGGCUUGGCGGUCGUAGCCGCCGGCCCAGAGGGCCUGGUCAUGGAGGCUCGCAACGCGGUUGCGGGUAUCAGUGUCGCUGCACGCGUCCGCUGCGGGGGUAUCGGUUUUCACGAUGAAGUGUACAGCCUGUAG